AUGGAUGUCUCACCGUCGACAUCGUCAAUGGCGGACGAGAUCAUCGCUGCCGAUGUCCUGUCGUCGCUUCUGAAUCCAUGUGAAUCGCCGAAUGACGGCAAGAAAAAGCAUCAGAAAAGCACGAAAGCAUGCAAGAAGUCGUCAGAGAUUUGGGAUCAUUAUCGUCUGUUGAACGAGAACCAGAAUGUCGAGUGUGUGUAUUGCUGGAAAGUACUGAAGCGUGGCGAUAGCAGCACAAAAAGCAUGUGGGGCCAUAUGACGGCAUUUCAUCAGGAUGUACUAGACGAUAAACAGAGCAGAAAAAAACUUCGAGUGAUGGCUGUCGAGCCGCUGGAGAGGAAAAAAUUCUCAGCAGGAGACGGUGAUACGCCUACACAACCAUAUGUGAAGCGGGCUCGAGCCGGUGGCAACAGCCAGGCGGCUCCUCCAUCCGACAGCGUUGCAUUGGCCUUCCAGCAACUGCAGUCAGCGAGUCAGCUUAGUAAUCCGUUCAAUUUUCUGGAGAAUCUACCAAAAUCCAGCGAAGUGAUUAAUAUAUCGGCCGGUUAUCCGGUGGAAGACGAGGAGCAAGAAAACGCCCACGAGGAGAUACAGGCCGGCUCGUCAGGCGGUUCACUAGCAGGUGAUGCUGCGUCUCCGCUUCACGAAGAUGCGGCAACCAGCGGCGGAAGUCCAUCAGUGACUUCUACCAAUCACCUUAGCGCAUUCAUGAACAUGGCCACCAAUCCGCUUAUGUGGAACGCAAUGUUGGUGAAUACGUCUACACAUGGUUCAGCAUUUUCGCUAAACGAUGGUCAGUGUGUGUCGAUGUUGAUGAAGAUGGCGCUCGAUUUAGAUCUCACACUUUCUUAUCACAAGCGAAGAGGUGACAUAGAAUUAUGUUUCGAGAGCAACCGAACUGCCGAGAAAAGUGGUGGCCGGGGCAAAGUUCUCUGUUUAUCUGAUAUGGGCAGAGAGAUAAGGGUGAUUGAGAGAGUGAACGGUACACCGACGGACACUGAAAUGUGGACGAAAACCGAUUUCAACCAAUUUCACUGGGCAAUUCGUGGCAAAUGUCAGAAAGUCUUGGUGAAAGGUUAG